AUGGCGGUCUACUUGAGGCCGAGCCUUACCAGAGCCGAGCUCGAGGAUAAGCUGGACGAGCUUGAGCUGGAGUUAGGAGGAGUCCUCCCCGGACCGGUUCUGGUCGCCGGGGACUUUAACGCCAAGUCAUUGGCGUGGGGUUCCCGGCGGCCGGAUGUGAAGGGGAUGGAGGUCGAAGCCUGGGCGGCUAGACUCGGGCUUAGACUAUUGAACCGCGGUAGCGCGAGAACGUGCGUCCGACCACAGGGAGAGUCGGUUAUCGACCUCACCUGGGUGUCGCCUGCUGCAGAAGACUGGGCGGCCUCAUGGAGGGUGCUGGAAGAGACGGAGUUGCUGUCGGACCACAUCCCCAUCGAGGUAAUCCUGCGCCGUCGAGAGGCGCGACGAGGAGGGACCCCCGUCCGACCGAAUGUUAGGUGGUCGGUCGGCAAAUUGGAUGCCGACAAGCUGAGGGCGGCGUUGGUGGCAGCCAUGUGGGCACCCGCGGAUCCCCACCCGGACAUCGAGGAAGAGGCGGAAUGGCUAAGGAGGACAGUGGCGCGUGCAUGCGACUGGGCUAUGCCCAGAGCCAAGUUCUCGGCCAAAAGAGCGGCCUAUUGGUGGUCGGACGAGGUGGACCGACUAAGGCGCAGCUCAAUGGAGAGUAGAAGAGCACUUCAGAGAGCGAGGAGGAGGGCCGCGACCACGCACGCAGAAGUGGAGGGGCUGCUGACGAGGUAUAGGGAGAGCCGCGCGGAACUGAAGAAGGCCAUCCGCAAGGCUAAGGACGGAGCGUGGAAGGAGCUACUGGACACGCUCAACGAGGACCCAUGGGGGCGACCGUAUCGGUUAGUGAUGAAUAAGCUGGCCAGCGGUGCGCCCCCGGCGGUCGAGUCCUUGGAGGUUGGGCUCCUGGACACUGUGGUCCGUACGCUGUUCCCGCCGGGAGGAGGAGGGGACAACGGACGCGGCGACCCGAGAGAAGAAGAAGAGGAGCCAGAGUGGUCCGAGGACAUCGAGAUCACCGAGGCGGAGCUCGCGCGGGCGGUAAAAAGGAUCAAGCCCAACAAAGCGCCGGGGCCUGAUGGAAUCCAGGGCCAGAUAUGGAAGAUCGCCAUGGGCGAGAUGUCCGAAAGGGUGAGGGCGUUGUACAAUGCCUGCCUGCGAGCAAGGAGGUUUCCAGGGGACUGGAAGAAGUCAAACCUGGUGUUGAUUCCCAAGCCAGGGAAGCCGGCGAAUACACCGGGGGCAUAUAGGCCCAUAUGCCUCCUAAACGAGGUGGGUAAGAUCCUGGAGAGGAUCCUAGUUGCCCGGCUCAGUGGACACCUGGAGGGCCGAGCGGAGGGUCUGUCGCCCAGACAGGACAAAGAGGGCAGGCAUAGAGAUUGGAGACCGGGAUGCGGCGUCCCGCAGGGGUUGGUCCUGGGGCCACUCCUGUGGGACGUUGCCUACAACGCGGUGCUCAACGCACCCCUCCCCGGCGGCAGUACGUUAGUUUGCUACGCUGACGACACGAUAGUGCUGGCCGUCGGGGAGGAUUGGAGGGAGGCUGAGAUGAGGGCCAACUUGGCGGUGGCGUGCACUACGAGGGCAAUUGGGGCCCUCGGCCUGAGAGUCGCUGCCGAGAAGACGGAGGCGGUGCUCCUUCACGGAGGUCAUACGGCACCACCCGUGGAUGCGCAAGCUCGCGCCGAGGCUGGAGGGGGCAGCCAAUGCCCUAUCGCGACUCAUGCCGAAUUUGGGGGGCCGUGCGGAAGAGUUAGAAAACUCUUCGCGAACGUGUUGGCGUCCAUGGCGCUUUACGGGGCGCCGGUGUGGGCAACGGCCCUGGAGCGCAACCGCGGAGCUUUGGCCCUUAAGAAGGCGCAGAGGAGGGCGGCAGUAAGGGUGGUGAGAGCCUAUCGCACGGUCUCCCACCCUGCCGCGACGCUGCUGGCGGGACUCCCCCCGGUCGACAUCGUGGCCAGGGUCCACGCGGCGGUGUACGACCGGGUAAGAGAACUGAGAGAGGAAGGGGUACCAGUCACCCCGGCUGUUAGGAGGGCCAUAAGGUCCCAAAUGCAAGAGGACACAAGGGAGGAGUGGAUGACCCGGUUGUGUGAUCCGAAUACAUCCGGACGAAGGACCGUGGACGCCAUCCUCCCAAGGCUAGAAGAAUGGCUCGAUCGCCCGUGGACACGAGCAUCGUACCGUACGACGCAGAUACUCUCCGGGCACGGGUGCUUCGGGGAGUAUCUGUGUCGAAUAGGCCGGGAUCGCACACCGCAAUGUCAUCACUGCGGAGGGGAACGGGACACCGCGCAGCAUACCCUCCAGGAAUGCCCGGCGUGGGAAGAGGAGCGUAGGAUCCUGACCAACGUGGUCGGGGACGAUCUGUCGCUCGACAAGGUUGUCGGGGCAAUCGUGGAGA